AUGGAUGAAAGUGGUCUUACUCAACAACCCAAAAAGCAGAAGCUAAACGAUGAACGGGACGUUGUUGACAGGAACAUCAAAUACUUACAUAAUUUGCCGGAGGAGAUUCUUCGAUACAUCCUAUCCUUACUUCCAACAAAAGAUGCUAUUAGAACUAGCGUACUUUGCAAGAGGUGGGAAUACCUUUGGACCUCCAUUCCCAAUCUUGAUUUUAAAGGGUUGGAGCUGGCUAAGAGAAAGCAUUUCAUGAAUUUUGUGGAAAGAGUGCUUCUUCUUCGCGACUCGUCUGAUAUAAAAACAUUCACUCUCUCUUGUCAUGUGCUACGUGAUGCAUCUCAUGUAAGUGCGUGGAUCUCUGCUGCAGUAAGGCGUAAUGUUCAACGGCUGUAUAUUAGCCUUUGCAAUUUCAGAAAACCAUUUUCAUUGCCUCAUAGCUUGUUUACUUGUAUGACACUGACAGAGUUAGAACUUGAAAUGCCUUGUAUCCUCAAACUUCCUCCUACAAUUUGCUUCACAAAUCUCAAGACCUUAAAUUUUGGGUUUGUUACAUUUACGAAAGAGCACUCAACCGAGAAGCUUUUUUCUGGGCUGCCAGUCCUUGAGGAGUUGGAAUUAAAUAAUUGCUACUGGGUGAAUCUUAAGGUUGUGAGUAUUUCUGCUCCAAAGCUUCUUUCAAUUCGUAUAGUUGAAGAUAGGGAAAAUCAGAAUGAUGAAAAUGGUUGUCAGGUCAUGAUUUCUGGAGUUAGCCUCAAUUACUUUCAUUAUGUUGGUGAAUUCUACAAUGAAUACCAUGUACACAACUCACCCUCACUUGUAGAGGCAUCAGUUCUUGCUAGUUGGUAUAAUGAGAGAAAAAGACAAAUUGCCCACCACAUGUAUAUGCUUCUUACAGGGUUCUCUAGUGUAAAAAAACUAAAACUUUCAAACUGUGCUGUUGAGCUUUUAACAUAUGCAGUAGAAGUUGUAGAACUCCUACCUCAUAUGCCUAUCUUCAAUAAUUUGGAGUAUUUGGCAUUGGAAGAAUGGUCAGUUAAUCUCGACAGUGUAGCACUGUUGAGGAUAUUGCAAAACUCUCCCCAUCUUAAGACGAUGGUAUUUGGUGAGGGGAUCAGCCUGUCCACAGAUUAUGAAAGAAAUGAUAGAAUACUGGAUCCAGUGCCUCCAUGUUUCUUGUCACAGCUCAAUUGCAUCAAAGUCUAUGAUUAUAAGGGAGACGAGGAGGAGCUAUCUGCUGUAAAGAUUUUGCUCAAGAAUGCAGUGGUCUUGGAAGAAUUAGUCAUAUCAUGUUCACAGCAUUUUGCGAAGGAUUUAGAGAAGCAGAAGAAGGUUCAUGAACAGUUAUUAAAGCUACCCAGAGGGUCAAAACAUUGUGAAUUGGUUUUUGAUUAGAACCUUUCUUGAGCUUUUACCUCCAGAAAAGCCAUUAAUUCCUAUUUCAUUAUACUACGAAUUUGAAAAACUGAUUUCCCUUUUUUCCUGUCUUGACCUUCUACAUACCUAUGUAACUUGCUAUUAUGUAAUGUUUUUUUUUUUUUUUUAAUAAUAUAUUUUUGAAUUGUCCAAGCUAUAAGCUUUCACUCAAUUUAUGUGUAGUACAGUACCUACUAGUUAUGAAGCUAAAACAGAUGGAAUAAAUUCUAGCUACUAAAGGAAGAAAAUAAGUGGGUUUGCUCAAAAUAUGACUAUUAUAUGGCCUAAUUGAGAAGAUGGGGUAAUGAGUAGGAAGCUAUGAACAAUUUCCUUUCAACUUUCUAGCUUUCAUUGUAUUAUUGGUGAUAAAAUAUACUUGGUUUCAAUUUAGGCUACUGGCUAGUAGCAUGAAGAUAUGGCCUUCUUGAGCUUGCUCUCAAAGAAGCCAUAAAUAUCUAUUUCUUGGAACAUGAGAAAAUUUGUCUAGUUAUUUCAUUAUACCUUGAACUUG